AUGGGUAAAAACGACAAAAAGGGCGGCGACAAGGGAGGAAAGGGGAAGGGAGAUAAGGGCAAAGAUGCAAAGGACACCAAAGAGUCUGGCGGCAAGGCUAAAGGUGCUCAGAGCAUCAAUGUUCGUCACAUCUUGUGCGAGAAGCACGCCAAGAAGGAGGAGGCUUUGGCAAAGCUGAACGACGGCGUCAAAUUCGAUGAGGUUGCCCGUGAGUUCUCUGAGGACAAGGCGAGACAAGGUGGUUCGCUUGGCUGGAAGACAAAGGGUAGCUUGGAUCCCAAGUUUGAAGAGGUGGCUUUUGCUCUGGAGACAAGCACGACGGCCAGUCCCAAGUUUGUCGAAGUCAAGACGGAGUUUGGGUAUCAUAUUAUUAUGGUUGAAGGGCGAAAGUAG